AUGGAGCUGAAUUUAAAGCAAAGUGGAAUCGUGCGGAGGAUUUGCGUGAAAAAGUGGUUUCCAACGAGAAGCGGCCUCUGGAAUAAGCACACACACGAGGAAUAUCUCCGUGACGACAUCUCUUGUGGACUCAACUCGUGCGCCGAUUGCUCGACUUUUGAGUGCAAGCUCAAAAAUAAUUUGGGUAUACUUUGCAAUCAGGAUGCAAACAUUGAGGUUCCUUCAAAGCAUGCCAUCAUCUUCGAUCAAACGGCUCUUGUUCGAUUCUACGAUCUACUCGAUUAUGACGCUUUUCAAAAUGUCGUCAUUUGUCAAUCCGUUUGGAACUAUGUGAAUCGGAAAUGCAUUAUGGGAUACAAGAAGUUGAACACAUUGAUCUACGAAGAAAGAAGUCCUCGCUUCUUCAUUUUCUUGAACGAUUACUGCGAGAAGACGGCUAGGAAACCGGAGCCACUUGUUGCCACAGCAAAGUAUCUCGACGAGCAUUGGAACGGAAAACUGGAACCGAUCAUUGUGUGCGGAGAUGAGGGCGAUGUUGGAAAAUACAAAAAGCUCUAUCAAAAGAGCUUCAGUCUCAAGAAGUACAUUGAAGGAAUGCAAAGCAAACACCGCCAGGAAUUAUUGGACAAGCUAGCUGCUUACGCUCCUGUUGAAGAAGGACGUGCCAUCUUUGAAGAACAUUGGUCAAACGAAAGAAUCACGAUGGGAUUAGCUACCGGGGGGAUUAAGAAAGGCUCCUUCCAGAUUUCAAGAGAGAACUAUCGGGAAGGCAAUGUAUUCAUCGAGGGUGAGGGUACACAAUGGUUUUUGCAAGGAAUGCAUUGUAACCGAGCAAUUCAUGGAGAUACUGUUGCUGUACAGUUGCUACCAGAGGAAGAAUGGAGUAUUCCAGAAAAGGCUCUUCGCCUUCGUGAUGUGGAAGAGUACAACUUGAAUCCCGAUGAAGAUGAGAAAGAAAAUCUUCCUGAUACCGAAGAACCAAAAGCCAAAAAGCGCAAGCAAGGCGCUUUACCUACUGCAAAGGUCGUUGGUAUUAUCAGGCGUAAUUGGCGACCUUAUUGCGGUAUUUUGUUGCCAUCAAUACGAAAAGAAGGUCGUCAUCAUUUGUUCUGCCCAGCUGAGCGUUUGAUUCCACGAAUUCGAAUUGAAACGGAACAAGCCGAAUAUUUGGCACAACAACGUAUUAUGGUGGCUAUUGAUUUCUGGCCUCGUGACAGCAAGUAUCCAUUGGGGCAUUACGUGAGAGCGAUUGGAAAAAUUGGUGAUCGAGAAGUCGAAAACGAGGUCUUACUCUUGGAACACGAUAUCCCUCACGCACCCUUCACCGAAGCCGUCUUGGAUUGUCUACCCGCUGAAGGAGCUGACUGGAAACCAUUCUCACAAACUCAUCGCGUUGAUUGUCGCAAUCUGGUGAUUUGCUCGGUGGAUCCUAUCGGAUGUACGGAUAUUGAUGAUGCAUUGCAUUGCCGUCAGAUUGAUGCCGAUACCUAUGAGGUGGGCGUACACAUUGCCGACGUUACUCACUUUGUUCGACCAGAAACAGCCAUCGAUAAAGAAGCUGCGGAUCGUGGAACUACGGUUUACUUGACUGAUAGACGUAUUGAUAUGUUACCGGAAUUACUCUCGUCUAACUUAUGCUCGUUGCGUGGUGGUGAAGAAAGAUUCACUUUUUCUGUCAUCUGGACACUAACGAAAGAUGCUGAUAUACUGUCGGCAAAGUUUCACAAAUCGCUCAUCAAAAGUUCAGCUGCUCUUACUUAUGAGAAAGCCCAAGAAAUGAUUGACAACAAUGAAUUGAAGGACGAAGUCACAACAUCGCUGCGUGGGCUCAUGAAACUUUCCAAACAGCUGAAGUCGAGAAGAACAGCAAAUGGUGCACUGUCUCUUGCGUCUUCUGAGGUGCGUUUUGAUAUGGACUGGAACACUAAAACUCCGAAGGCCGUUCAAAAUAAGGAGCAUCUUGAUACGCAUUCGAUGGUCGAAGAGUUCAUGCUUUUAGCAAACAUCUCCGUAGCUGAAAAGAUCCUGAGCGAAUAUCCAGAUUGUGCUCUUCUACGACGGCACCCGGUCCCCGCUGAGUCCAGUUACAAAGCACUUGUCGAUGCAGCAAGGCUGAAAGGAUUUAAUGUAAUCACCGAAAGUGGCAAAGCUCUGGCUGACAGUCUUGAUAGAUGUAUCGACAAAACGAACCCGAUGACAAACACUUUGCUCCGGAUGAUCACGACGAGGUGCAUGACCCAAGCGGUCUACUUUAGUGCUGGUACGAUACCUGUUCCACAAUACAUCCAUUUUGGUCUCGCUACACCAAUCUACACGCAUUUCACAUCUCCAAUUCGUCGAUAUGCGGACGUCAUUGUGCAUCGUUUACUUGCGGCAGCUAUCGCAGCAGAUGACAUCGGGAUAGGAUUGCUUAGUCAAUCAAAUAUUCAAAGCAUUUCUAAAAAUAUUAACAUCAGGCAUAAAAAUGCACAAUACGCUGGUCGCGCUUCGGUACAACUAACCGUGUUGACCUUUUUCAAGGACCGAGAAGAGAGUUGUGAUGGUUUUGUGAUGGGUAUUCGAGAAAACGGAGUACAGGUUUUUGUGCCACGUUAUGGAAUUGAGUCGAUGAUUGUGAUAAAGCCAGGUGUUCAGGUUGAUUCGGAAGCGAAAACUGUUGGUUAUCAAGGAAAAACGUUGCAUGAAUUAGACAAAGUGAAGGUUCGAGUCCGUGUCAACUCUUCAAACAUCCAAAGGCCACGCAUUGUUCUUGACCUACUCGACCCAAUGAUUCCUGGUCUUUCGGUGGAUUUCGAUUUGACAAGUUCCGAAGGAAUGGCCAAGGAUUCGCUA